AAUGUCACUUACUAUUGAUCGUUCUGUUGUCAACUGCCAUUGGUUAUUUUUUUUAGAUAAAGUAUAAAAAAUAAAUAAUUAGAUAAUUAGUUGACUAAAACUGGCGUCCUUUUGUCCAGGUGCGCGUACGUCAAAACAAACCUUUUAUUUAUGGACAAUUAAUAAGUAAAUUAUUUUAUCACUAAAAAGUCCCUCGGUUUUCAGUGAAUACGGGGUAAAAAAAAGUGGAAAUGUUAAGAGGUUAUGUAAAUAAUAAUAGAAGCUUUAAUUAUUUUUGUAAUGAUUCAAAUUGUUUGAUGAGUUACUGGAGAUGGCAUUUUCACUGAGAGCUGGUACCAAUUGGUGUCAUGAUUUUCCAAAACUUGCUAGGGAAUCUGGAUUCUAUUUCAAUUCUCAUCGCAAUAAAGUACGAGUCGAUUGGAAUCGGAUAAGCGGUAUCGAUAUCGAUCGAUUGAUACGAGAACGAGAUUUUUCAACAAUAGAUGAGAAUAUAAAUAAUGUAGUAGACUAUCAUUUGGAAACGGAGUACGACAUAAAAAUACUGGACCCAAAUUUUGUUAAAUUAUUUCGACUGGCCCAAUUGUCUGUUGAGUAUUUACUUUACUGCAAGCAGUAUCUAGAUCAUAGCGUAAUUAUAUUAAAAGAUGAGCUGCGUUCAAAGCUUGAGGACAACGUGAAGUUAAAAAAAAGUCUUGCUGCUGCUGAGGAUUCAGUCAAAGAAUUGAAAGAUAAAAUGCGUGAUAAUUAUAAAUUAUUUGAGAAGACAUUGGUCGAUUCACAUGGAGAGAUCCACAAGUGUCCUUAUUGUCCGAAGUCAUUCAAAGCGGCUAUUUUUACAAACUUACAUAUCAAUAGACGGCAUUCAAAUUCACCGCAGGUGUCUAUUUUGUCGCCGGUACACGAUCAGUACAAAGCAGAGACUGAAAAACUUCAUAAUGAAAUAAAAACUUUGAAAGAAAGACUCAAUCAGACUGAAAGAAUUGUCAGAAAUGAAUCGAGUAAAAUGUAUGACAGUAUUGAGUUUAGAGAUAAAUAUUGUGAGAAAAAUUCUGAUGCUACGAAAAAUAAUAAUCAGGAUAAAAUAGAAGAGGAGCAUCGUAAAUAUCGGGAAGAAAUAACGAAUUUAACUUCAAUGUUAUUUAGCGAGAUAAGAAAUUUAAAAGUCGAUGAUAAAAAACAUCAGAAAGCUGAUGAUGAUGCUGAGAAAUUUAAAGAAUUGUUGAAGUCCCAGGAGAAUGAGAUGCAGAGACUGCGUGAUCAGAUACAGGAGUUGUCAAGUAAACCGACGCCGAAUAUUGAGAGUAUAGAAGUUAAAUUGAAGGCUCAAGAAGAUUACUGGCAGUCUAAAAUAAAUCAGUUGGAGAGCCAGCAUACGAAAGAUAUUGAAAAUUUAUCUAAUCAGUUGAAAGUCACCCAAGAGUCAGCAGAUCUUAUGAAAGAUGACUACGUAAAGAAAAUUAAGGAUCUGGAAGAGCGAUCUAUGGACAGUGGGAGAUUUCUAAGUCCGAAAAUGUCACCAGCUCGUCAGAGACGAAGAGCUGGAAACUUUGUUAGCAGUAUCGUUGAAAAGUCCAAAGAAUCUGAUCAUUUAAAAAUUAGUAAACUUGAUGAAGAUGAUAGGUCUGAUAGCGAUGAUGAUAAAUCUGAUGAAGUUUCAACUCCGACGUCGAUAAAUAAAUUUAAAAGGAUACUUGUCACUUCUGCUGAUGUUCAUGACAACGUUUCCGGUAAAAAUCAACAGAGAGGGAGUUUUAAAAAUAGCAAAGGAGUUUUGGGAAUUAGAUCUGCGGAGAAUGAAAUGAAUUUUAAUAGGUGGAGUGUCGACGCUGAAGUUAAAGAAGAUAAAAAAGAUGAGCCGAGUAUUAUUGAUAAGAAAUUUGACAUUAGAGGGAAUUUUAAGGCCCCAGUCACUAGUCAUGGUACCAAAGAAACUGAAAAAAAUAGAAUGGAUGUUACGAGUGAAGAGGAAAGUGAAUCUAACUCUGGGACGAGUGCUUCGGAAACUGAAAAUUCAGGAAGUCAGUCAGAAUCUGAGUCUGAGACUGAUGAAUCUGAUGGAUCAAGUGGAUCAGAAGGAUCUACGACGACAGAGUCUGAAGAAAAAGUUUGCACGAAGGAUACGGACUCGAAGGAAGAUAUUAAAAGAAAAAUAUGGGAAGCUUUCGAACAAAAAUUACGGGACCUGGGUGUUGAUCCUGAAUGCGAUGAGAUUUCCGAAGAAACUUACAGGCGGUCGAUCGAGAUGGUCAAGCACCACCGCGGCCUCACGUCGAGAAAGUUACCCAGGUUUGAAGAAAUCCGUCGUAAAAUUUUGUACCAACUUCACAACAAAUUUCCCAAACGAGAAGAUGAUAAAAAGGCGAGUGAUAGAAGAUCUCCGCUGAACAAACUUAUGAGUAACGUUAAGUCUCGGGCUAUCAAGGCUUUCGGUAAUCAAUCGCAGUCAGGUAAUAAAUCACCAGAGUCCCAUGUGCCCAAAUUAAAAUCUAAAGUGAUGAGUCCUGAAAGAGGUGUCGCUAAUAAAUUAAAUAUUGAGUUAUUGCCUAAGAAGAUGAGUCAAAAUGAACUUAAACACCCGGUGAGACAGUUUCAGAGAAGAGGAAGUCGGGAUGUUGCUGCUGACAAUAAAUUGAUGUCGCCUGCUCACGAGAGAUACACACCUAGUCCUAGCAAAGUCACUUCCAAGUCCAACUUCAUUACCGACUCUACAGUAGUAGACUCUAAACAACUGUCACAUUCCUAUGAAAGUAUAAAAGAUUAUCUAAGAGAUUUCGGCAAAGCCAAAUCAUCCCCAGUUAAAUCGCCUCUGAGAUCUCCAUAUUUGAAUAAAUCUCUGGUGGCAUCGACACCUCACAGAGCUGAAAUAAAUGUACUGCCUAGUCAUCGUGCAUCAAUAUCUGAUUUGUCUAGUCCAAUAGCAAAACCACGCGAGUCUAGUUUACCUAAUUCACCUAAAAAUAGUAAAAGUGUUUUGAAAUCAACCAGCGGGUCUACUGGUAGUUUAGUUAAGAAAAAAGUCAUAUUUGAUCUUGAAUCAAUGACUGAUACUUCGGGAAAAAAUGAUAAAUUAUUAGAAUUGAAUGGAUUUACUAAUUCUUCAUCUAAUAAUAAUAAUAAUAAUAAUAAUAAUAAUAAUAAUAAUAAUAGAAUUACUAAUGAUGAUGAUGAUAAUGAAGAAGACAACGAGAGCGAAAGUGAUUAUGAAAUUUCAAGUAUUUCAGAAGAAAAAUCCGAUUGUAAAAUAAUUACACCGACAAAUACUUCAAACAUUUUAUUAAAAACAGCACAGAGCGAAAAAAUAGCUCAGAUAUCACGUAAAAUAGAGUCUCAAUUGAGUAUUACGAGACGGAAACCUGCCGGAGCUGUUGAAGCCAUGUUUACCAAAGACUUAAAUCUACAUGAUAAUAAUUAUUCAAAUGAACAAGUAACGCAUCAACCAACAGGAUAUUCAUUUGAUAGAAGCAAUGACCAGAGUUUAAAUAAAGUGACAAAACUUCCGCAACCUGCACCGAGAAAUCAAAAAUUAAUUCGUUCAAAUUCUCCUGAUAUUAAAUCUCCAGAUAGAGAUUAUAAUUUGGAUAGAGAUAUUGAUGAAAUUCUUGGCUUAAAUUAAGACUUAU